UUAAGGAAGACUUAGACCAUGGCGUGUUAUCUGGGGGAGGAGGUGUAAGGAGCAUUGGCAGCAGCAACUGUAAGGGACAGGGAGAAGGCAGUAGUAAGUGCAUCCAGUCAGUGUGGGGAGGGUGGCACAGGGAGAGGCUGAGAAUGGAGAGGGAGGAAUAAAACCCAUGGUCUUUAAAGGAAAAACAACAGGAAACUAGGUUUGAAAAUAGAAAGAUUAAGUUGGAGGUUGUGGGAGAGACAAGAAAAGUAGGUGAAGAAAGAAGGGGAAAGGCAGAGAGGUGGUGGGGAAGACAGAAAGUGACAUGGAAAGGGGGUGGAGAAAAAAGAAGAGAAGAGAGAGAGAGAACCAUACCAAAGGAAUAAAACCAAGUGACUGAGAAGAACAAAGGAUUCAACUCAAUUACAGGAAGGAGAAGUGCUGAAGCAAGGAAAGGAGGCAGAAGAAAAGACACUGGAAAUCAGAGGCUGUCUCCAAUUCUGCCUUCAGGACUUCUACCCACUCCUGGUGAGCAGAAAUGGGGGACUGGAGUUUCCUGGGAGAGUUCCUUGAGGAGGUCCACAAGCACUCCACAGUGGUGGGGAAGGUCUGGUUGACUGUGCUGUUCAUCUUCCGGAUGCUGGUACUUGGUACAGCAGCUGAGUCCUCUUGGGGGGAUGAGCAGUCUGAUUUCAUGUGUGACACCCAGCAGCCUGGCUGCGAGAACGUCUGCUACGACAAGGCCUUCCCCAUUUCCCACGUCCGCUUUUGGGUCCUUCAGAUCAUCUUUGUCUCCACGCCAUCCCUGGUGUAUAUGGGCCAUGCGAUGCAUACGGUGCGCAUGGAGGAGAAGAGGAAGAUGAAGGAAGCAGAAAGAGAGGCCCAGGAGAUGAAAAACAAUGGUGACACGUACUAUCAGCAGAAGUGCCCCGUGGCAGAGAAGACUGAGUUGUCUUGCUGGGAUGAAUCAGGAGGCAAAAUUAUACUCAGAGGCAGUCUGCUGAACACCUACGUUUAUAGUAUUUUGAUUCGCACUGCCAUGGAAGUUGCCUUCAUUGUGGGACAAUACAUCUUGUAUGGGAUCUUCCUGGAGACCCUGUACAUCUGCCAGCGGGCACCUUGCCCCCACCCUGUCAACUGCUAUGUUUCCCGUCCCACAGAGAAGAACGUGUUCAUCAUCUUCAUGCUUGCCGUGGCCGUGCUCUCCCUGUUCCUCAGCCUGGCUGAGUUGUACCACUUGGGCUGGAAGAAAGCCAAAGAGAGGUGCUCCCGUGCCUACAAGCCCAGCCCUAGCACAGCUCCUCGAAGGCUAGAGUCCGCCCCACAGGUAGAAAGGGCCCAGAUGUACACUCCCCCACCAGAUUUUAAUCAGUGUUUGGCAAGUCCCAAUGGGAAGUUCAUCAGCCCCUUCAGCAACAAGAUGGCCUCCCAGCAGAAUACAGCCAACUUCGCCACUGAGCGGGUCCACAGCCAGGAGGAUGCUGCUGGGGAAGGGCCCUUCAUGAAGUCCAGCUACAUGGAAAGCCCAGAGGUGGCCAAUGAAUGUGCGGCACCUGCCCUUCCUGAGAGCUACUUCAAUGAGAAACGCCGCCUCAGCAAGGCCAGCCGUGCCAGCAGCAAGGCGAGGUCAGACGAUUUGUCUGUGUGACCUGUCUGCAGGAGGGAGGAGGAGUGGUCUCAGCGCUUAGGAAAACUUCUACAAAGUAAACUGCAGACUCUUGCCACAUACCUCUCUCCAUUUCAAUGUCCUCCUGUUCCUUUUCAGUGAACGUCACUGUUGUAAUUCAGACAGCACUUCCCACAGCUUAAGGCAGGGGCAGCCCCUGGACAAUACAUACCUGGAGGUUGAAGAGAGGCACCAGUCUCUAGAUGUGAAGUUCUCAGCCCGUGGGACUCAAGGGAACUGGGGACUCACCGACCUUAGCCACAGACUGGCACACUCCUGAGGCUGCCUGGAUGCUUCAAAUGUGAGGCAGUCAUCACUGCGACACUCUGUUCAGCAGACUGACUGGACCUCAACCCUCUUAUAUCUUCUUUGAUGUCUGUUCAACAUAGGCUAAAACAGGUGGGCAGUUACACUGAGCUAAAGUUCCUCUCACCUGCAGGGAUCUGAAACACACUUUCAGAAAGACUUCCUCUUUUUCUUUGCUCUUUCUCUUUUUAACCCCCUCCCCCUCUCCACUUAAGUCCAGAUAUUUUAAUCCAGUUUACUUUUACAAUAAAUCUUACUUGAAUUUUUGACACUGUGCAUUAAACUCUUCCCCGUGGAUACAGAUGCCCAUGGUCCCCCAAGCACAGCUGCCUCAUGUCUAACUUUGGAAUCCCUUCCUCAUUCCUAAGUCAGCAGAGCAGCUGGCCUCAUGGCCCUGGGAUAUCGCUCCGAUGACUGGCUGAUGAAGACUAGGGAAUGUUCCCAACAUACUUGUCAUCAAUUAUAAGCAAGACACCCACUAACAGAAAUAGAGAUUGUCCUGUGAAAACAGAUAUCCAACUGCUUAAGAGAGAGGAAUUAUCACAUGGAAACAAAGUGAUUUUUCCCCCUUUUAAGCUCAUCUUUCAAGCAACCUGAAUGCUGCCAAAAGGGUGCUACCAGCUGCCAGUUUGGGAGAAAAACAUCCUCUGUUUAUCUGCAGAACAGGUACAGUCUGUAUUUUCUUGCCACCACCCUACCAAAAUACUUCAGCAAAUUUUGCAAGGAGCAAGAGUCCUGUCCAGGUCCUGCACAUCACUGAGCUCCUGGCUGCUCUCUCAAACCUGUCAGCCACUGCGAGCAGUGAUAUUUGUCCUCUCUGCAAAUCUCUGUUCUGCAAACGAGUCAUCUUCAUCUUUACUGCUAGUGCAUACAGUACAAGAAACACCCACAGACCACCUCUUUUCACCACUGUAACCUCCCAGAGCAGCCGCUGAAGCCCAGCACUGCACAGUGAGCCUGGUGGGUGAGGUCUGCAGGCAGCUUCCACCCUGGACAUGUUUUCUCACUGCAGAGCUGACAUACUGAGACCAACCAAAGCCACGCUGCUGCCUGUUGUUUACCCUGCACUGCCCUUUCAGACAUGGGCUGCAGCUUCCCAGUGUUGGACUGUGUGAGUGAAUGGCCUGGGACCAGAUUGUCAUGGACUGAGCCAUUCCCUCUCCCAGGAGCUGCUACAGGUUUGUGAACCUUGCUCCUGCAUAGUUCAGUACCCUGUACAUGUGCAUACGUUCCAAUAUACAGAAAGGGCAAAACCAUGUUUUUUGUUGGUAAGGUGUCUUAUGAACAUGUAUUUUUUAAUCUUGAAAAGACUUGUGUGUUCUUCUUAACAUGUGAUUUUAGUCAAUUGCGCCUAGGUUUCUCCUAAUAAAGUUCUAACUCCA